CUUACAUGUCAAGUUCUCAUUGGAUACUACACGAAUGCAAAGGGAGGAAAGGAGAAACAGAGUCAUCCCCAGGAAUCAACGGCAAAAGAAACCAAAAAAUUAUUUUCCUCACUCCGCCUAAACGCCACCAACAAUGGCGAUCUCUGCAAAACUAACAAUCACCCAUCUCCUCCUCGUAACAACAUUCCUCUCUCUCUUCACCUCCGUGACCAUCUCCGCUUCUGAUCCGCAAGACCUCGUCACGGAACUGCUAAGCCUCCAAUCUCAAUCAAGCACGGGAGUAAUCCACUUAAACGACCACUCAAUCUCGCGUUUCUUAACCUCAACAAAAACACCGCGCCCUUACUCACUCCUAAUAUUUUUCGAUGCCAAACAACUCCACGAAAAAGCCGAACUCCACCUUCAAGACCUACACCACGAAUUCUCUCUUGUCGCUUCCUCGUUUAUCAACAACAACGCCGAUCAAUCCUCCGCAUCUUACGGUAAACUGUUUUUCUGUGACAUUGAAUUUAAAGAGUCGCAGUCUACAUUCUCUUUAUUUGGCGUUAAUUCACUCCCUCAUAUCCGUCUCGUUAACCCUAAUGUCAAAAACCCUAAAGACUCUGACGCUAUGGAUCAGGGUGAUUUUUCAAGAAUGGCCGAGUCAAUGUCUGAUUUUAUCGAGUCCCGGACUAAACUUUCUGUGGGUCCUAUUCAUCGCCCGCCGCCAAUUUCUAGAAAUCAAAUGAUUUCUGCGAUUGUUUGUUUGUUAAUAUGGAUGCCAUUUAUGAUUAAGAAGUUGUUAACUGGUCAAACAUUGCUUCACGAUUGGAGAAUAUGGUUGUCUGGAGCUGUGUUUGUGUAUUUCUUUAGUGUUUCUGGUGCUAUGCAUAAUAUUAUUCGUAAAAUGCCUAUGUUUUUGGCUGACCGCAACGAUCCCAAUAAGUUGAUUUUCUUUUACCAAGGGUCUGGUAUGCAGCUUGGAGCUGAAGGGUUUGCUAUUGGGUUUCUGUAUACAGUUGUUGGGUUAUUGUUGGCAUUUAUUACUCAUGUCCUUGUUAUGGUUAAGAAUGUUACUGUUCAGAGAUUCGUUAUGGUUGUUUCCCUUGUGAUUUCAUUUUGGGCGGUCAAUAAGGUUAUUUACUUGGAUAAUUGGAAGACGGGCUAUGGAGUUCAUGCUUUUUGGCCUUCAAGUUGGAAGUAAUGUGAAGUGAAGUGAGGAUUCUUCUUGAAGUGAAAAAGGUGACUUUUUUUUGGCUUUCUAGUGAGAUUAUGUUGGUGUAACAAUUUGAUGUUGCAAUGUAUAACUUUUACUUAGAAUAGCACCAUUUGAACUCUUUAGUAUGUUUUCUGCCAAACAGAUACCCCUUUUUUAGCAAAAAGUUAUAUGUGUUAAAUGCAUUUGAUAUUUUACCUGGUGA